GUUGACAAUGCCCCGAGUAGGAAGAGGCAUGGUUGGAAUUGUGCUUCUAUCUCAAUGCUGCAAUUAAGACACUCAUUGCUUGCAUAUCAGCUCUGCUGCUCUAACAUCCUCCUCAAAGGCCCAUUCUCUGUGGCGGCAUAUAGGAGACGGCAAACAUAAAGCAAGAAUCAGAACCUGUGACUGAGCCAGAAAUUGGAGCGACUUCAGAGUCGAGUCCAAGCAAGGAGACGGUUCCUGACAGUGAGAACGGAAACGCUCAGCCUGCGGAAAGCCGAGGGGAGAGUGACCCAGAAGAGAAUCCAGUUAUGAACUUCUUUAAAACACUAGUUACUCCCACUAAAACGCCCAAAAAGGAAACAGCUGCUGCUGAUGCCACAAAAGAUCAGUCCCAGAAAGAGACCCCAGCUACAGCAACCACAACUGUUCCACAAACAUCAGAACAGCCUGCAGCACCUAAAGGAAUGCCUGCUCCACCCCCACCACCCCCAGAGCCUCCAAAACUGGAAACCAAAGGAGAACCAGCCGCCAAAGCUAUAAAGCCAACGCAGAAAGAAGAACCAAAAGCUUCUGCAAAAGAAGCCGAGUCCUCAAAAGGAAAAUCGGCUAAAGAUGCUCUGAGUAAAUUCUUUCGACCAAAGACCAUCAAGGAGGCAGCAGAGCCAGCUUUUGAAGUAGAGGUACAGCCAGUUGUAGAAGUACAGGAGACAGCAGUGGAGGUACCAGAGCCUGUUGUAGAAUUGCAGAUUGAAACUCAUGGGGCCAAACCAGUUGAAGAAGACAAGAAGGUAGAUCCGUCCAAAGCUGGCACUCUGGAGGCAGCAGCGAAGCUUGAACCGCCUCCACCUGUUCAGGAAGAAAAGAAGCAAGCCUCUAAAUCAUCCUUUAUGACUCUCUUCAAGCCUAAAGUACUGUUAGAUACCAUGACCACAAAAGUCCUAGCAGCCUCCACAAGUGGAGUUCGGCUCCUCAAGAAGUCGACUGGCCUGGCUGCUGAUCCUAAAAAGACGACUUCGACCCCACCCGUUACAGCAGAGUCACCUCAGCCUGUUACAGCUAAGGAGGAGCCUAAAGCUGCAGCCAAGUCAUCUGAGGCAGUUGUAGAUAGCAAACUAGCGUCAGCGGCCUCUCCAGCUGGAGGCGAUGCAGCAGGUGCGCCCAACAAACUGGAGAAGAGGAACUCCAUCCAGCUAUUCUUUAAAACUCUGGGUCAGAAACGCCACUCUACAGAUGCUGGGGUCCAGACAGAACCAGCAACUGCUGCCACAGCAUCUGGGAAAACCAAAUGAAGCCUCUAAGUUUCCUUGUACAGAUCCCCCACCGCCCCACCCCUCUUUCUUUCUAACUCUUACUCUGUCUUCAUGUCUUUGUUAUUUCAUCAUCACCUUAACUACUUUUUUAGAUGUUGCAAUAUGAAAAGAAAUAGUUUUAGAAGGAUCCUGGAAAGAGUUGCAUGCAGAUAGAUGAACAGCCCUGCUAUAAUGGCAAGGUUUUUGUGACGUAUAAAAUCAGACCAAGACAAAACAUUUCAGAACCUUUUUCCACCUUUAAUACUACAAAUACGCUGUACAGUUUUAAUAUUUUAAAAUAAUGUCCAAGGCUUUAGAUAUACCAUGGAAUAAAGUGAAGACAGUCACUGUGUUUUAUGAUCAGUCCAUCAUCAUCAGUUUGAAAAAAAUAUAGCACAACACAGACAUUACCAAGAACUGGAUGUUCCUCCAAGACUCAUGAAAGGAGGAAAAUUGGUCAUGGAACCUGUCAGCAGGUUUAUAACAUUUAUGGAGCAGAAGGAAGUUCUGCCAAAUAGUAGGUGUGACAUACAUGUGACAGCAAUCUGCCAGGUUCCUCAUACGUCUAGGCUUUGGGGGUUUUUAUGAAGAAAACAAACGAGGCUGACUAAAUGUUUUAAAAAUAUGUCAAGUCUCCUGAAAGCAUACAGGAAAUUGUGUAAUGGACUAUUUAUAUCAAAGUUGGAACUGGGGCCUUUGUCAAGUUGGACGGAGUUAUGAACAGUUCCAAAAACUAGUUAAUGGUGGAACAAAAACUUCCCGGCUUCUGGUUGAGAAGAUAAGGAGUAACUCUGCCAAACAAACACCUCACCCGAGGAAGAUCAAAGUUUUGGAAUGGCUCACACUGAGCCCAGACAUGGAUCCAGUUAAAAAUCUAUGAACUGAUUCCCAUUAUUGCAAACAAGAGUGGGCAAAAAUUGCCAAGUCCAGAUAUACUACACUGAGAGACGUCUACCCACAAAGACUGCUGAAAUAAAAUCAAACAGUGCUUAAAAAAGUGUUGAAGUGAGCACAUUUGUACAAAAUCUUAGAUUGUUUUUUUUAUUUACCCCUAGAACAAUGUUUGUGUUUAUUUUUCAUUAAAGGUGGAAAAAGCUUUGAAAAUCUUUACUAUUCCAGUCCCAUUUCUUUACGCCACCCAGCCCUGGCAUUUUAACAUGGGUGUGCAGGGUUUUAUGCCCACUUCAUGCCAGCGUGAAAUGGCAUUUUAAUGGUAAUUUCAUUGAAAUUUCUGUUUUUGAUCACAUAAAUACCCUGAAUAGUAUAGCAGUGUGAAACCUUUUUCUGCAAACAUAUAGGCCUAAUCUUUUCCUGUUUAUAAUUUAACAUACUGGGCUUUUGCAAUAUUUAGUCAUGUGUUUUGCUUUUAAUAUUUAAUCCAUCUGUUAAAAUCAAAAUGGUAAUGCCAUGUAGGUUAUAUCAUGACUGUUCUUAUAAGGAAGUUCAGGCACCUUUGGUACUGGAGUGGUAGAGACAAAAUUGAAACUGAAGGUAUUUUAGAAAUUGAUAGAAAAAAAAUCAACAGCUUAAAUAAGCAGCAUGUUUAAACAGCUAUAAGAUUGCAUUAGAUUGCAUUAGACAUAGUAAAACUAAAUUAAGCAAUGUGUGAAAUAGAGUACAAGCAUAAAUAAAUCAUAGCAUUGAAAUACUGGGUCAUACAUGAAAUCACAAUCUUUGUUUCUCCCUGGGCAACUGAUUGUAAAUACUAAUGUUAACAAAUACACCGGCGAAGGCAAAGUCUCGUUCACAUCUGUCCUUGUGGUACAUUUUGCAUCAUAUCAUUUAGUCAAAGCCUUAUUAUGGUGUUUGUCACGUGUAUAAUUAACAUGCUUCUGACUGCUUACAUGUAUGUGUGCAUGUGUAACUUCUGUUAUCCUGGAGACAAUAAACAGGUUCACCUGUUAA